AGCUCCCAUCCACUGUCCACUUCCUUCUCUCAACAACGUCUUAAUAUUGAACAACUUUUCCUUUAAAUCCUCUUGCUUCUUCCAAAUGAGAAGUGUAGAGGGCAUCAGCUUGGGUUCUGGAUGUGCUUGCCUUUUUGUGGGAUAUAUGGAACAUUCCAGACCGACUCAGGCCUCCUCCCUCAAUUUCUCCAUUCUUUAAUGAAUAUCGGUGCCAUUUCCUUUUCAGAGACUGAGCUGGGAAAUUUUGUCCACUGUGCUCCCAAUAUCUAUCCUUUUCUCACAUUCAACUGAUCUAGCUCCAACUCUCUUCCCUUUCCUCUCAACAAAUAUUCACUAUAAGGCCAUUGAUUCUUGUAGUUACCUUGAUGACACUUCUUUGUACCCUCUUUCCUAUAAUGAAUCUAUUUCAUUCUCCCAGUUCCUCCGCCUUUGUUGCGUCUGUUUGGGCAAUACAAUCGUGCAUGCCAGUGCUUCCAAUAAAUCUCCUAUUUUCUCAACUAGGGAUUCAUACUCUUUUCCCACUGUAGUUGGCAGUGCCCUUGACCACAUCCAAUUUUUUUUUCUUUCGUACCCUACUCCUGUUCUCAGUCCUGUUCCUCCUUGCCAGAACUGUAAUAGGGUUUCCUUUGUUCUUCAUCCAUCCCACCAGUAUUUAUUGAAUUAAGUUGUAUCAUUAGGCAUGAAGCCACAGCCAAACACAUUUUUCCUCUUCCCUCCCUUUUCACAGAAUAAAAGAAUUGUUAUGGCUGAAAAGGUGGCUUUCGGCCCACCAUACCUGCACAGGCUCUUCAACAUGCAUCAUUACCUAAUGCCAAUCUCUUACUUUUUCCCCAUGCCCUUUCUAUUCAAAUAAUUAUCCAAUGCCCUCUUUAAUCCCUUAAUUAAACUUGCCUCCACCACACCUCAGGUCAGUGCAUCCAUACCCUAACUGCUCACUAAGUGGAGGUAAGAAAAAUUCUCACGUCACCCUUGCUUUCUUUGCACUUCACUUUUAAAUCUAUGCCUUCUUGUUCAUUUUACAAGUGGGAACAGCAUAUCCUUAUCUGAUCUAUCCAGCCUAUUCCUGAUUAUGAAAACUUCAAUCAAAUUUCCUGUCAGCCUUCUUCUCUCCAAGGAGAACAGUCCUAACUUCUUCAAUCUAUCCUCACCACCUGAAUUAGAAGGGCCUUUAAAGCUUAGAGAAUUUUCCAUAGUAGAAUUUGAAAUUUAUAAUCUGGUCUUCUACAUUCUUGCAUGAAAUAAGACCUUAUAGAUGCAUUUUUCUCAACAUCUAUCUUUAAGUGUAUAAUUCUUUCCAAGCAGAAAGGAAAUUCAGUCAGAAGAAAUGGUUGGUCAUGAUGCAUCUGAAGAUGCAAGAACAGCUCUGGAGUUGGCACAAUAUUUCAUCAACCAGGGACCCAUGAAGGUAGCAAAGUUGAAUCUGGAGAAUUUCCAAGGUAAACAGCCAGCAGGAGAUAAUUUCACAACACAGCCUGAAGGUAGAAGUCAGACAAACAGGCUGUCAGAUUACCUGAAAGCAAACUGCAGCAAGGUAGAUGGAUUUUUAGGCAGACCAUCCUUCCAUUGUGGCAGUUUGGUUAACAAAUUGGGUACACAUGAUCAGAAAGCAGUUCUACUAGGCACAAGUAAAGCAAUGAAGGAGCUGAUUCAUCAAGAAGCCUGGCAUAAAAUUGAAUGUAAAACAGACAAGGAGGUUGUUCAGCAAGCUCAGACUGAGAUCCCAGUUGCCUCGUUAAGUUUAAGUCACUUUACAUCUUAUUCUGAAUACAGUGAGUGUAAUCUAAAUAUGAAGAUUCAUGAGGGAUUACUACACGAAAAGAUGAGACAGAAGUUGUCAGAAAUGUGUACUGUGUAUGCUGGUCCAUUUUGUAAGGAUUUCUGUUUAACAUCUGUUGAAAGAACAUUCCAGAAUUGUGGUUCCAUCAGUUCCUUCAGUGUUAUCACAGAAACACACAAGCCCUAUGUGCGUAUUGAGUAUGCACUCCCUGAAAGUGCACACCUUGCUGUGCUAACAUUAAAUGGAAGCACUAUGGGUCGAUUUCCCAUUACGGUUCAAAGACCAAUUAAAGAAAGCACACUGGAUUGUGAUCGUGUCCUAAAGAAGCUGGAAAAUGAUAUCAUAAACGGAGCAGUUAUUUAUGUGUCAGGAAUUCAACAGACUCUGACAAAGAAACACCUCAAUGAUAAAUUCAGCAAAUUUGGACAUGUUGAGGCAAUUAUUUACCCUGGUGGUGAUGUUGAUGCAAAGCCUGAGGAUUGCUUUAUAAAAUACGGAAGUUUGGAGAGUGCUCUGAAGGCCCAGGCAGCUAUGAAUGGACAAGAAGUGAGAAAACAAAGACUGAAUGUACUGAGAGCUCUCACUCCCUACCACCUCCAAUCCUGGGUGGCUCAAAGGUCUUACACUGCACUGAACCCCAGGACAUCUGACCCUCUGCCAUUAGAGAGAUGUUCUUUUGAGAAGAGAAAGGAGAAACUUUCUCAGUGUGAGCAAGAAUUGAAAAACUUGAUGAGUACAAUAGAUCGACGUGCAGGCAGACUCUUCAGGGCGUUACCCAGCAACACACUCUGCAUGGUCCUGCUGCCAGGAACAAACAGUGCUCAAUGCUCAGCGCCUGGCCUGUGUCUCCUUGAAAUAAAACAGGAUCCUUAAAACCAAUUGUUCAAUGUGUACUGGAGGUGUUUGUCUUCCGAUGCUACAGACUCUGUGACUCUAUAACUGACUUACUGAAUCAAUUAACGAGUGAAUAUAGUUCCUGGACCACAUUCCUUUUGAGUACUGCCGAACUUGGUCAACAAAAAUGACUUAGCGAAGAAAGCUGCUCAAAUUUUUAAUAAAUUUUUUUAAAAGAAA